AUGAACGGCGUCCAGUUCACAGAUCGGGCCAACAAGGCCUUGCUGGACUCCAGCGGCCUCUGCGAGCAAUAUGCGCACUCCCAGAUCAUGCCUCUUCACUUGGCAGUCGCGCUGCUCAAUCCCUCCCCAGACGAGUCUGAAGAUCAACAGACUCCUUCUGGUGCCCACUCCUCCCACGAUUCCUCAACCGCCCCUCUCUUCCGCCAGGUUGUCGACCGAGCUCACGGUGACUCUCAGCUCCUCGACCGAUCGCUCAUGAAACUACUAGUCCGCCUACCGAGUCAAGAUCCCCCUCCAGAAAACCCUAGCGUUUCUCCCCAACUCUCCAAAGUCAUUCGAUCAGCCACCGAUUUGUCGAAAACCCAAAAGGAUAGCUUCGUUGCAGUUGAUCAUCUCAUCCAGUCUGUCUGCCAAGAUUCACAGGUUCAGCGUGCUCUGGGCGAUGCCAAUAUCCCCAACCUCAAGUUGAUCGACACUGCUAUCCAGCAAAUCCGUGGUACAAAGCGGGUCGACUCCAAAACCGCCGAUGCGGAAGGAGAGAAUGAGAACCUGAAGAAGUUCACCAUUGAUAUGACUUCCUUGGCUCGGGAGGGUAAGAUCGAUCCGGUCAUUGGUCGAGAGGAGGAAAUCCGUCGCGUCAUUCGCAUUCUCAGUCGACGUACAAAGAACAACCCCGUGCUUAUCGGUGAGCCCGGUGUGGGUAAGACCACCAUUGUCGAAGGUCUCGCUCGCCGUAUUGUCAAUGCCGAUAUUCCUGCCAAUCUGGCUCAGUGCCGUCUUCUCUCUCUUGAUGUUGGUUCUCUCGUUGCGGGCAGCAAAUACCGAGGUGAAUUCGAAGAACGUAUGAAGGGUGUUCUCAAGGAGAUUGAAGACUCCAAGGAUACUAUCGUUCUCUUCGUGGAUGAGAUUCACCUGCUUAUGGGCGCUGGAUCUAGCGGCGAAGGCGGUAUGGACGCUGCUAACCUUCUGAAGCCCAUGCUGGCUCGUGGCCAGCUGCAUUGUAUUGGUGCCACGACCCUCUCUGAAUACCGCAAGUAUAUUGAGAAGGAUCAGGCCUUCGAGCGACGAUUCCAGCAGGUCCUUGUCAAGGAACCUACAGUCCCAGAGACCAUCUCUAUUCUUCGUGGUCUGAAGGAGAAAUACGAAGCUCACCACGGUGUUAAUAUUCUCGACGGAGCUAUCGUCACUGCCGCCACUCUCGCGUCCCGCUACCUGACAGCUCGUCGACUCCCCGAUUCUGCGGUCGAUUUGAUUGAUGAGGCUGCAGCUGCAGUCCGAGUCACUCGCGAGUCCGAGCCAGAAGCUCUCGACACACUGGAAAGAAAGGCCCGCCAGCUUCAGAUCGAAAUCCACGCCCUAUCGCGUGAGCAGGACGACGCAUCCAAGGCUCGUCUUGAGGCUGCCAAACAGGAAGCUGCCAAUGUUGGCGAGGAGCUCCGGCCUAUGCGCGAGAAGUACGAAAGUGAAAAGCAACGCAGCCGCGAAGUACAGGAUGCCAAGAUCAAGCUUGACUCUCUCAAGGUCAAGCGUGACGAAGCUGAACGUUCAGGCGACACUCAGACAGCUGCUGAUCUCGAAUACUAUGCCAUCCCAGAGACCAAAACCCUCAUCGAGCGUCUCGAGGCUGACCGGGCCAGGGCCGAUGCUGAACGUCGCGCUCAAUCCGGCGAUGCUGGUGAAGCACUCCUUGCCGAUGCAGUUGGUCCCGACCAGAUCAAUGAAAUCGUUGGGCGGUGGACCGGUAUCCCUGUCACGAGACUCAAAACCACCGAAAAGGACAAGCUGCUCAACAUGGAGAAGUACCUUGGCAAAGUUGUUGUCGGUCAGAAGGAAGCCGUCGUCUCGGUCUCCAACGCCAUUCGCUUGCAGCGCUCAGGUCUCAGUAACCCUAACUCGCCCCCCAGCUUCUUGUUCUGUGGUCCCUCCGGUACCGGUAAGACACUGCUCACAAAAGCGCUUGCCGAAUUCCUAUUCGAUGAUCCAAAGGCAAUGAUCCGGUUCGACAUGUCCGAAUAUCAAGAGCGCCACUCGCUCAGCCGUAUGAUCGGUGCACCCCCCGGAUACGUUGGCCAUGACGCCGGUGGCCAACUUACUGAAAGCCUUCGCCGUCGCCCAUUCUCCAUCUUGCUCUUUGACGAGGUUGAGAAGGCCGCAAAGGAAGUUCUCACUGUACUCUUGCAGCUCAUGGAUGAUGGCCGUAUCACCGACGGCCAGGGCCGUAUUGUCGACGCAAGGAACUGUAUUGUUGUCAUGACCUCUAAUCUGGGUGCUCAAUAUCUCGCCCGCCCCACUACCAAGGACGGUCGCAUCGACCCCCAGACCCGCGAGUUGGUCAUGGAAGCACUGCGCAACUACUUCCUGCCCGAAUUCCUCAACCGUAUCUCCAGCACCGUCAUCUUCAACCGUCUCACCAGGCGCGAGAUCCGCAAGAUCGUGGACCUCCGUCUCUCCGAGGUCCAGAAGCGGCUCGAUAGCAACGAGCGCAAUGUCACUAUCCAGUGCACAGAUGAAGUCAAGGACUACCUCGGCGCAGCAGGCUACUCCCCAGCCUACGGUGCUCGUCCACUGGGUCGACUCAUCGAGCGCGAGGUCCUCAACCGCCUCGCUGUGCUCAUUUUGCGCGGAAGCAUCAAGGAUGGCGAGAUUGCCCAAGUCGUCAUGCGCGAAGGUCGCAUUGACGUCCUGCCUAACCACGAGAUUGGUGAGAGCAGUGAUGAUAGCGAUGAUGAUAUGAUGGACGAGGUUGAUUUCGACGAUGAGAUGAAUGAUGAUCCCGUCUCCCCUGAUCUGUACGAUGAUUAA